AUGCCGCCCGAGGAGCAGAAGCUCCAGGAGGAGGAGAACUCGCAGCUCGGGAGCGGCAUCAGCAGCCUCGCCACGGCGUUCUCGGACCCCAGGGCGUUCCUCAUGGGCCUGGACUCCAUCAAGACCUUUGCGGCGGGCAUCCGCGCUGCGAUAGAGCACGGGGGCGAGGGGAGAUGCCUGGCCGCGGGGGAGUUCGCGGGCUACGGUUGCGGGAGCGACAAGGACGACAUGCCGAAGAUCUGCUCCUGCCGCAGCCACUUCGAGCUGUGUUGGCUGCCCGACGACCCGUCGCUGAUCGUGAAGAAGUACCCCUCGCAGGCGGCGCUGGACAACGCGAAGGCGCUCCUCUUCGGGAAGUGCUACACCUCGUACGUGCUGAUCGCGGCGGUUUGCGUCGGCGGCUUGUGCGUGGCCGCGGUGGUGGCAAAGGUGCUGAAGGGCAUGCUCACCAAGAAGACCCAGGACUGA